AAGAACGACCUCGUGACGGUUCCCCACAUGAGUGACAGGGGACAUCUGGUUGGAAUCAAACUCGAUCGGAAACUUUUUUCUGAAACACAAGGAUUAUUUCACCAAUCACAUUCUCUUGGUGGAGAGGAGAGCUAAUGGUCUCCCUUGCACAGCUGGUGAUCACCUUUGAGUUUCUCUCACUUUUUUCCAAAGAGUGGGUGUGGUCCGAUCACGUAGGCCUACCUGUCACCAAGGUGCUUUAUACCAUGUUGCUUGUCCCAGAAGCCAAUUCUCUGUCUGCUUCGAGCCGUGGACACCGAAACCCCCCUCGCAUUGGAACGCAGCUCAAACCUGGACACGGAUUUACCUGGGGAGCUUUGUUUUAAUCUUUUAAUAACUAUUCGAUUUUUCUGACUUUUUCUAUGUUUGGAAGCAUUUCUUAUUGCACAGCCAUUUGGUCUGUGGCUUGUCAAAAGAGACAAGUAGUUUUAAGGGGUUAAGAAACGCAUCGCUUCAGAGAGCGGAAUGGCGGUUUGUUUCUGCCGCUGGAGGAACCUGCUCAUCUGCCUCUGCACGCCAUGCAUUCUCCUGGUCCUGCUGUUCGUAUACAUCACCCUGCUGGUAUGCCUGACAACGCCCCUCACAUCGGGGACAACAUCAAUUUUGAAUAUAGACCAUUUUAUCGCCCCGGGAACCCAUCGAAACGAGGGCUGGGCCCCGUCACCCGACCGGUUCUGGGAACCGCACCUGAGCCUUGGGGUCUGGAACCUCCUCCAGCUGUCCACCGACCGCUCCAUCAACCCCAUCCUCCGGCCCUACAAGCACAGCCGGCUUCCGGACCGAGGAGCCAAUGGAAGCCGCGACCCCCGGCCGGCAGGGGAUCCCCCCGGGAGCCGGGACCCGGUGCCACAGCUCGACCGGCUCGCCGGUGACAUCCUGGAGUUCGCGAGGCACAUGCACAAGAGAGACUACCCCGUGGUGGCGGAGCCGCAGGAUGCGUGCGGCGCGGGCUCCGCGAACGACCACGGAAGAGCAUUGCUCCUCCUGGCCAUCAAGACCAAGGUGCAGAACUUCAAGAACCGGCAGAUCAUCCGGAGCACGUGGGGGCAGGCAGGCUGGGUGGCCGGCCAGAGGCUGGCCGGCGGGGGCUACGUCCGCAGGGUGUUUCUGCUGGGGACCGACCGCAGCCGGGACAACAGCACGGCGUGGCCCGAUCUGGUGACCCUUGAGGGCCGGCAGUACAAGGACAUCCUCCAGUGGGACUUCCACGACUCCUUCUUCAACCUAACGCUGAAGGACGUGCUCUUCUGGCGGUGGUUCUCGCGCGGGUGCCGGCAGACGCACUUCGUCUUCAAGGGGGACGACGACGUGUUCGUAAACACGCCCGCCCUGGUGGACUAUCUCUCGCAGCAGCUGGGGGAUCCGGGGACGGCCAUGAAGAGCUUCAUGGUGGGGGACGUGAUCGGUGCGGCACAGCCCUCCAGGAACAAUAAGUCCAAAUACUUUGUGCCCGAAGCCUUCUACGCCGGCUCGUACCCGCCCUACGCCGGCGGGGGAGGGGUGGUGUACUCGGGCCUUCUGACCAAACUCUUGCACCUUGUGUCGAAAAGGGUGCACCUGUAUCCCAUCGACGACGUGUUCGUCGGCAUGUGCCUGCUGAAGCUGAACGCCUACCCGUCCCACCACCCCGCAUUCCUCACCUUCGACUUCCCCGGCGACGAGGAGAUGAAGCCGUGCGCCUACCACAAGACCAUCAUGGUCCACAAGAGGAUGCCCGACCGGGUGGAGCAGCUCUGGGCGCGGCUCAAGGAGAGCCAGCCUCUGUGCUGGAACGUGACGCUCAGGGAGGAUAAACUGAAGAAUAAGCCUUGAUUUGAAAAUUGUGAAAGAUUUUCCGUUCGCCCAAAAGAUUGUCUAUCUGAAUUGUAGUGCACAUUUUCUAAGUUAUUGUUUUUUUUAAUAUUAAUUUAAAUCAGACCAGAGGUUCUGUAAUUAAAUAAAGUG